GAAUUGCAUUAGGAAAAUUGAGAGAUAUCAUGAAUUGGGAUGAAUAUAUACCUGCUGUGUUAUUUGCCUAUCGAAUUCAUAAACACAAUACAACAAGAUUUACCCCAUUCUUUUUAUUAUAUGGAUGA